GUGGAAUAAAUGGUGGCGUUUUUUGGACUCACAUGCUUUCCGUAGUAUGUUGACGUGUGGAUUUUGUGGAUCACUAGCCUCCUUGCUGUACUUUACACAACAUGGUUUAGCUAGUAGUGGCAAUAUAGUCAUAAAGCUGAAGUUUACCUCCGUGCAAAGCUGUACUAAAACAGUUAUACAAUUGAACAGUUUUAGAAGCCAACAAAUACAAUGGCAGCCGCCUGGGAAGAAAUCAGACGUCUGGCAGCGGAUUUUCAGAGAGCACAGUUUGCUGACACAGUGCAGAGGUAAUGCAAGCUGGCUAGUGCAAAAUGGCUAUCUAUAACUACAGUCCUAGCUAUUUGGCUAGCUAAAUCGCUAAGCACAACAAUGGAUAUUGAUUGAUUGCUAGCUAUCUUGCUAACUGAUGGAACGUUAACGUGAAGCUAGCAAAUGAACUAGCUAAGCUAGGAGUAGGAGCUAACGUAAACUAUGGUGGGCUGAACUUCUGGCUGUACCAAUUUAGCCAGGACAGCUAUACUAGUAGCUAGCUAUCUGUGCCCACGGUCUUCCUGCAGCAGUUUUUAGCUGGACUAAUCUUGUAUUACCACAGUUUCCAAACCAUAAUAUAACAACCUGGGCCUUUGGGAAACUGCUGCUAGAGCAAGCCAUUGAUACUCUGUAUCAGGAGACCCACAAGCCUUUAAAUUAGUUGAAUUAGAUAUAGAUCUGAUUUAUAGGGUCUCUGUGUGUAAAUCCCUCUUCUACUGUAACUCAUUCCCAGGUUGUCGGAGAGAAACUGCAUUGAAAUCGUUGCCAAACUGGUUGCAGAGAAGAAGUUGGAUGUGGUACACACACUUGAUGGCAAGGAGUACAUCACCCCGUCUCAGAUCAGUAGGGAGAUAAGGGAUGAGCACUACAUCCAUGGAGGUCAGUUGGCUGCUAGACAACCUUCUGAUUUCAAUGCCUCUGUCUUCAAACAAGUGUUGCACUCAUCUCAGUUCAUGGCUGCAUAGAUGUUCAAGGUUUAUCAUACACCUGCAUUAAUUGACAUGGACAAAAAGUUAUGGAAAAGAUGGUGAUAUGUAUUUUCUCUUGUAUUUGCUUUCUAAAGGUCGGGUCAACAUUGUGGACCUACAGAAGGUGUGCAUUACUACUAAUUCAUUUUGCUAGUGUGCAGCACUGUAGUUGAUAUGUUUUAUUUCACUUACCAUAUUGUCUGUCAGACAAUGUGUAUUUAUUCUUGUUUACAGAUUAUCAAUGUUGAUUGGGUCCAUGUUGAGGCUAGAGCAAAUGACAUAGCAAGAUCUGAUAAAAGCGUUCAACUGGUGCUGGGGCAGCUGAUCGAUGAGUAAGUAGGACCUUUUCACAUGAUAUAUUUUUCAUUGUUGUACUGUCAACUACUGGGCUAUCAGAUUUGUUCUGAUUUCCCUCUGUCUUCUAGAAACUACCUGAAUCGUGUCUCUGAGGAGGUGAAUGAUAAACUACAAGAGGCUGGCUUGGUGAACAUCCCAGAACUAUGUAAAAACUAUGACCUUCCAGGGGAUUUCCUGACUGAGGUAAAGAGCCACCUCUGUAUCUUUACCAAUACCAUCCUCAAACUAUGUGCAAUUAAUCAUGUUUCCUUUCAGUAGUGUGUAUGUGUGCUUCGUCUUCAGCUUGAGGUUUCAGCUUGAGGUGCAUUUGUGGACAUGUACACAGUUCUUAUCUAAAAUGUUAACCACUUUGUCUCCUAGGAGCUGUCGAAGCGCCUUGGGAAAGUCAUCCAUGGCCAGAUGGAUGAGUACAACAGGGGAGUCUUAUUCACCCCUGCGUUCGUGUCUCGCCACAGAGCUCGCAUCCGUGGGCUUUUUAGUGCAGUGACUCGGUAGGUUUCAUCCAAAUCUUUUCCUCUCUUGCUUUUUUGCUCUCUUUUAUUUUUUUCGCCCUGCUCCUAAUAAUGAAUGAAUUUGAUCUCCUUGUGUAGGCCAACACCAGUCAGUAACGUGAUUGCCGUCUAUGGUUUUCAGGAACAUCUUCUCUACUGUAAGUAGCUAUUCGUUCUGUUGUGUUAAAAUUCAAACCAAGCUGUUGUGUGUUUUGGGUGUAUAAUGGUUUGAUCUGUGUGUUCAUAUACAGUACAAUCAAUGUUUUGAGUAGGCCUAAUCAAACAAAUGCACUUAUGUCAUGCUGUCGUUCAACUAACUUUUCAUCUUGGUCCGUUGUUCCCCAGCUGUUUUGGAGGAGCUGGUGAAUACUGGCCGUCUGAAAGGCACUGUGGUCGGGGGCCGGCAGGACAAAGCUGUCUACAUCCCUGACAUCUACUCCAAAACACAGAACACCUGGGUGGACUCCUUCCUCAAGCAGAAUGGAUACUUGGGUACUCUAACCUUUAAAUUAUUCAAGGGCUAUACUACAAUUAUUUGUUGCAAUAUUUUUUUCCAUAAUUUCCGUACUGGAAUUCUGCCUAAAAUGUGAUUUGUACCCUAAAACAUUCCCUCUGUUCCCUCCACACAGAGUUUGAUGCCUUGAUCAGACUUGGCAUCCCUGACCCAGUGAGCUACAUCAAGAAACGUUUCAAGUCCAGCAAGCUGCUGUUCCUUAGGGCAGCAUGUGUAGGCCAGGCCCUAGUAGACCAGGUGGAGGCCUCUGUGGAGGAGGCUGUCAACUCUGCCACAUGGAUAGAUGUGCAGGUCCAUACACACCUUCCUGUACUUCAUUCUCUGCCAAAGCACCAAUGUAUUUAUUGCAUCAUUUCUUAAAUUUGCUUAAAUAUAAUAAUCUCUUCGUUUUCUUGAGUUACUCCGCCUUGCUCACUUAAAGUAUUCCAUGUGCUCCCCCACUUUUGACAUGUAGCCCAUUCUGCCCAGCUGUCUGUCCAUGGAGGACGUUGGCAUCAUAAUCAACGAGGCCAUGAGAAAGACCAACGUGCAGUCGACUGCCAGGAUCUUGGGAGACACUGUGGUGGUCAGCGAGAAGUUCAUUAGCAACUGUCUCUCUCUCUUUGAUGAGGCCAUGCAGCAUAAAGCUCAGAAGGUAAAACACACCUGUCAUGAAGUUGCCUGAUGGGCCAAAACUGUGAUUGUCUUUUGAUAGGGACAUAUAGCUGUGUCUCCUCUCCACGUCAUCAAUUCAAUGCUGUUCUCUUUCAGGAAGUCAAGAACAACCCUGUUUUCCUGAUAACUGAAGACGAUCUCAAGGAAGGCUCUAUGAUGACAGAAAACACAGCACCUUCCAAAAAGGAGAAAAGGGAGGCAGAGAGGAGGAGGAAGACUACAGGUAGUACAGGCCUCUUUGUAAUCCCUCUAUAAAAUGUCUGUUAGGUUAUCAACUAGACAUGGGGCUGUAAACUCUUUUCAGCCCAGGUAUUUUCUACUGGGUGGUUGAAGAGAUUUGAUCCCUGUUUAGUUCCCUGUUAUUCAUUCAUUGGUUGACUGUUCUUGUUUUGCUUCCUAGAGGGUAGUGGCUGUAAAGGAGGUGGUGGAGGAUGCAACGCCAGAGAGGUCAGGAUACGCAAAACCAAGAAGAAGGGCAGGAGGGACGAUGACAGCGACGAGGAGACAGUGGUCAUCCCACAAAGUAUGUGUAGUGGCUAAGGUUCCUAGAGUUCAAAAAGGCCACUUCCUUAGACACCAAAUACAGACUUUGUUAUUCGCGUUUCCAUAGAUGAGACUUGACGGUUCUUGAUUGCUGAUAAAUUAUAUGUAUUACUCACAAUGAGAUUGAUCAAUAUGCUGUGCAUUUAAUACUUGCCAUGAAGCCUCACCACGGCGAUCCGAGCACAGCAUUCCAUUGUUCAGCAAACUUCCAAUUCGAUUCAAUGCAGCGCAAACAUUUUCAGAUGAACGUUCUUUUGUUGGAUUGUCCAUAUUUCCAUUCGAUCUAGAAAGUAUUUUACUAAUGUAGUAGCUAAGGUUCCUAGAGUUCAUCCUUAGACGCCAAAUACAGACUUGGUUAUAUGCGUUUCCAUAGAUGAUACUUGAGUUCUUGAUUGCAGUUAAAUUAUUAUUAUUAUUAUAAUGUAUUACUCACAAUGACAUUGUCCAGAGUUGCCACACAGAUUCCAAGGUUGAUGAAUGGUAAAGUAAAAUAGUCCCAAAGAAAUGUCUAAAUGAAACUGUAAAAACGUUUGCUAUAUGAAGUCUUCCUAUUCCUAUAAGGCUGCACCAUGGAGAAUGCAAAAAAAAAAAAGCCUAUAUUAGUUUCCAUUAUGGCAUCUGUGCGCACGGGCAGCACCUUUUGAGGCAGUCUCCAUUUUGAAAUAGUAAAUGUUCUUCACGAUUGGCUGAUCCCUCCUGAUGACCCGGUUGGACAUGACUCCAACAGGGUCACAGAAGGGAUCAGCCAAUAAAGUUGGAAGUCCCACCCAAUUGACUACAUUAAAAUGGUGGAAGCCCUCAAUGGCGCUGCCCAUGCUAAAACGGCCUUUUGGCCACUAGAGUCCUCUAUCAUUCUCUAUGGGCUGCACACCUGUCCUAAUUAUUGUUCCUGACGCCAUCUUUCCCCAUAACCCCCUUUAUAUGCUUCUCUACAGGUAAACCCACAAUAAGCCACUAGGUGUCAUAACAAUAAGGGUGUUUCCAAUUACCAUUAUAAGCAUUUCUAUACAAUUUCUAUACAUUUCUAUUCAAUAACAAAUCAACCAAAUACCUUCUAAUACAUUUUCUUUUCACAUACAGUAUGACUACGGUCAUUAUGUAGCCUCUGUUCCACACUGAAUUCACUGUCGCACAUUAAAACCUUAUUUCAAUUAAUGUACAGUAUUACAUUGUUUGUUCAGUGAGGCAGUUCUAUGUAACAACAUGUUAACGGUUGUGUUUGAAGAGAUGGCUCCCCUGGGUGCUUAAGUCUGUUGGUGUAAGACAAAGAUAACCCCAUGAGACCAAUUAUAUUUUAUUUUUACUCUUUUGCAGAUCGUAACAAACCGACUGAAGUCCCGUUCAUGGCGCUGGAGGAAAUAGCAGCUGUCCUAGAAGGGCGAGUGUGCGACUGCCCUGAAGAAAUCCUCUCAGAGUUGGCAGAACAUUUAGUAAGGUAAGGGUUCCUGUCCAAAUCACUGUCAAGCACAAUGGAUUUACCCCCACACUCAACACACAAAAUAAACAUUGUGCAUCAAUGUAUUGAUUUUAACAUGUAAGAGUCUUGUGCUGUCUGCAGGCCUUUGACAAAGACCUACCAGGAUGUGGUUCGGACUGUGUUCAUGUCCUCCACUAGCUCCACGACCGGGGUGACCAAGAAGAGAAGUGUGAAAGACUUCCAGGAGGAGCUCUCCAACCUGUACAACAACAUUAGGCUCUUUGAGAAGGGGACCAAGCACUUCUCUGGUAAACUGCUUUAUUUUACCCCCUCAGAUGUAGAGGUGGUCCUCACCACCAAAACAUAAAAUAUACUAUCGCAGAAUAAACAUCAACUGAGAUAUUUGACCCCCUGCAGAUGAGACCCAGGUCCUCAUUGCCAAGCACGUCCUGAAGACGGUGUGCACAGACGUCACCAACAUCCUGGUGAAUUUCAUGGCAGCUGAACUCAUGAUGUCAGCAGAGAAUCCCAGCUCGAUCACCAACGAGGUUAGUUCUCCUCUCGGCCUUCUCAUUCCAUACCCGUUCAGUCCUGUUAGUUUGGGUUGGGUUAUUCAGUUAGGCUUUGUGAAUGUACUGUACAUUCCCAUAAAUCAUGGUGUAUCUCUGUCUUUAGGUGAGAGUGAAGAUAUUAGGAAAGUUACCAGAGGAAACCAAAGGGCCUCUUAUGAAGGUGCACAACAGUCUGAAUGGAAAGGUCAGUUAUGUUCAUUUAGUAGUUGGAGGUUUACAUGAUUAUUGCAGAUGUUAGUAGUAAGCACAAAUGUUUGAGAUUGUUCUGAUUCAUGUAUGUAUGGAAAGGAUUUCUGACACUAUUGAUCUUUUCUUCAGACGAUUGAAGAUUUUUUAACUAAUAUAGAAACCGCGGUUGAGGUUUGUGGAUUCUUGCUGAAGAAGGGAGAUAAGAAAAGAGAGAGGUAAAACCAUUUAUCAUCCUGCUUUAGACUUUCAGCAUUUCAUCUGCUGUCCAUAAACAUGGACCUGGACUGGAGGUGCCUCACAUUCUUGGCUGACAGGUGUGUGUGUGUGUGUGUGUGUGUUGUUGUUGUCCACUAGACAGGCCCUGUUCCUGCACCGGCAGGCUCUGAUAGAGCAGCUGAAGGACACAGAGGACCCAGCCCUGAUUCUCCACCUGACCAGCGUGCUGCUCUUCCAGGCCAGCACCCACUGCAUGCUGCACGUCCCCGGCCGCUGUGUCCCCCAGAUCAUAGGCACUCUGGUGGGCCGCAUCUCUGAGGUACUGCCCCCUCUCCUCCUGGUUCUCAUUUAUAAUCUACCUAUAUUGCUAGUGUUAUUACACUAUAAAUAGUUACAGUGGGGGAAAAAAGUAUUUAGUCAGCCACCAAUUGUGCAAGUUCUCCCACUUAAAAAGAUUAGAGGCCUGUAAUUUUCAUCAUAGGUACACGUCAACUAUGACAGACAAAUUGAGGAAAAAGAUUCCAGAAAAUCACAUUUUUAAUGAAUUUAUUUGCAAAUUAUGGUGGAAAAUAAGUAUUUGGUCACCUACAAACAAGCAAGAUUUCUGGCUCUCACAGACCUGUAACUUCUUCUUUAAGAGGCUCCUCUGUCCUCCACUCGUUUACCUGUAUUAAUGGCACCUGUUUGAACUUGUUAUCAGUAUAAAAGACACCUGUCCACAACCUCAAACAGUCACACUCCAAACUCCACUAUGGCCAAGACCAAAGAGCUGUCAAAGGACACCAGAAACAAAAUUGUAGACCUGCACCAGGCUGGGAAGACUGAAUCUGCAAUAGGUAAGCAGCUUGGUUUGAAGAAAUCAACUGUGGGAGCAAUUAUUAGGAAAUGGAAGACAUACAAGACCACUGAUAAUCUCCCUCGAUCUGGGGCUCCACGCAAGAUCUCACCCCGUGGGGUCAAAAUGAUCACAAGAACGGUGAGCAAAAAUCCCAGAACCACACGGGGGGACCUAGUGAAUGACCUGCAGAGAGCUGGGACCAAAGUAACAAAGCCUACCAUCAGUAACACACUACGCCGCCAGGGACUCAAAUCCUGCAGUGCCAGACGUGUCCCCCUGCUUAAGCCAGUACAUGUCCAGGCCCGUCUGAAGUUUGCUAGAGUGCAUUUGGAUGAUCCAGAAGAGGAUUGGGAGAAUGUGAGAUGAAACCAAAAUAUAACUUUUUGGUAAAAACUCAACUCGUCGUGUUUGGAGGACAAAGAAUGCUGAGUUGCAUCCAAAGAACACCAUACCUACUGUGAAGCAUGGGGGUGGAAACAUUAUGCUUUGGGGCUGUUUUUCUGCAAAGGGACCAGGACGACUGAUCCGUGUCAAGGAAAGAAUGAAUGGGGCCAUGUAUUGUGAGAUUUUGAGUGAAAACCUCCUUCCAUCAGCAAGGGCAUUGAAGAUGAAACGUGGCUGGGUCUUUCAGCAUGACAAUGAUCCCAAACACACCGCCCGGGCAACGAAGGAGUGGCUUCGUAAGAAGCAUUUCAAGGUCCUGGAGUGGCCUAGCCAGUCUCCAGAUCUCAACCCCAUAGAAAAUCUUUGGAGGGAGUUGAAAGUCCGUGUUGCCCAGCGACAGCCCCAAAACAUCACUGCUCUAGAGGAGAUCUGCAUGGAGGAAUGGGCCAAAAUACCAGCAACAGUGUGUGACAACCUUGUGAAGACUUACAGAAAACGUUUGACCUGUGUCAUUGCCAACAAAGGGUAUAUAACAAAGUAUUGAGAAACUUUUGUUAUUGACCAAAUACUUAUUUUCCACCAUAAUUUGCCAAUAAAUUCAUAAAAAAUCCUACAAUGUGAUUUUCUGGAGAGAGAAAAUUCUCAUUUUGUCUGUCAUAGUUGACGUGUACCUAUGAUGAAAAUUACAGGCCUCUCUCAUCUUUUUAAGUGGGAGAACUUGCACAAUUGGUGGCUGACUAAAUACUUUUUUUCCCCCACUGUAUGUAUCUUUGUCACCUUGUAAGUAAUUGGGAUGUUUUGGGGUCUAUGAGAUACACUGUUGUAUGGUGGUAUUUUUUUCAUGCAGCUCUCAAAUUUGGACCUGUUACAAUUGACAGUUUUACUUCAAGCUGAAGGUUGUGGAUGAUUGUGGUUGUUGUUGUUCCAGGAGCAGCACAGGCUGCUGACAGGCUACCAGGCCUUGGUGGUUAAGCAGCUGGUGAGCCAGAGCCAGGGCAAGAAGCAAAAGCAGGGGGAGGGAGAGAACCCAGAGGACGGGGAUGAGGCAGAGGCCAUCCGGAAGGAGCUGGUCUCCCUGACCAGUGAGGUGAAGGAUCUGGUCCUCUAUCAGAAGAAG